AUGUUAUAUCUCACACAGGUAACUAAGAUGAACCAAAUGGAGAAACACAAUCAUACGGCAGUGACUGAGGUAACUGAAUUUAUUCUCACGGGCAUCACUGACAACCCAAGGCUGCAAGCACCGCUCUUUGGAAUCUUUUUCUUCGUAUACUUAGUCACGGUGGUAGCCAAUCUGGGCAUGAUUAUCUUGACCCAUUUGGACUCCAAGCUACACACUCCCAUGUACUUUUUCCUUAGGCAUUUGUCUAUUACUGAUCUUGGUUACUCCACUGUCAUUGGUCCUAAAAUGAUGGUAAACUUUGUAGUACACAAAAAUACAAUUUCCUUCAAUCGGUGUGCCACCCAGCUAGCAUCCUUUGGGAUUUUCAUCACCACUGAACUGUUUAUUCUGUCAGCAAUGGCCUAUGAUCGCUAUGUGGCCAUCUGCAAACCUCUUCUCUAUGUGGUGAUCAUGACAGAGAAAGUGCGCUGGUUGCUUGUGCUUACUCCCUAUCUCUACAGCACAUUUGUGUCCCUAUUUCUCACAAUUAAGUUAUUUAAAUCAUCCUUCUGUGGCUCGAACAUUAUCAGCUAUUUUUACUGUGACUCUCUCCCUCUGAUGUCCAUGCUGUGUUCUGACACACAUAAAUUAGAAUUGAUCAUUUUGAUCUUUUCAGGCUGUAAUUUGCUCUCCUCCUUCUUGAUUGUUCUUGUAUCCUACAUGUUUAUUCUUGUGGCCAUCCUCAGAAUGAAUUCAGCUGAAGGAAGGCAUAAAGCCUUCUCCACCUGUGGCUCCCAUCUGACAGUGGUGGUUGUAUUCUACGGGACACUAUUGUUUAUUUACUUGCAGCCUAAAUCCAUCCAUACAUUUGAUAUUGAUAAAAUGGCUUCUGUGUUUUAUACUCUGGUGAUCCCUAUGCUGAAUCCAUUGAUCUACAGCCUAAGGAACAAAGAAGUAAAAGAUGCCAUAAAGAGAACAUUAAGUAACCGAUGCAAAAUUCUCAAUAUAUUUUAAUAUUUGCUUAUGAAGGUGGGUCCAGUAAUCUUUGUUUAAUAGUGUUAGUUCAAUAAUGGUAUUAAAUGUGAAACUAUUUUAUCAGUUGUUUUUUGUUUGUUUGUUUGUUUCUGAACAAAACACUUUGUCUUAUAUCUCCCUAUACUCUUCCUCUUCACUUCAAUAGAUAUAAAUAUUGUAGCUAGAUAAUACCCCAAGUAAUUUGUAAAGUCAUAAUGCAACCCUCCAUUAUUUAUAAAUAAGACAAACCAUAUCAAAUUUGGGUUAAAUGUAGGCUUACAAAGAUAAAUUAGCGUAAAAUAGCCAAAAUGGAGCAACAUUAACCAGAAAUUUAGUAUUAUAUAUUUUAUAGUGGUCACUGGGUAUUAAAGAUAAGUAAGGUUGAACCCUGAAGAAUAUGUACACUAGACAAGAAGCAGGAAAUAGUAACAAGUACUCAUUACACAAAAUGAAAAUUAUGUUUCAAGAAUCUAGGCUAAAUACAGAAACAAAAUAUGUCCCCUCAGGCUGUGGUUUUCAAUCAGGUCGAUUUAAUAUUUUAUAUGUCAAGGAUGGAGUAAGAAUCAGGAAUAGUUCUCAUUCCGAGCCAUGAGAAAAAUGCUGAAUAGUUCUAGAUCAGCCUGGAUAGAUCCUCACACUAUAGUCUCUUCUGGUUUAUGUGAGCUUCCAAAUGAACAAGCUGACUUAAAUUUUGUAAACCAAGUUAAGUGACUCACUUGGCUAGUUAAAAGAGUUGUAUCAGUAUAUUUUGAAGUCAUUGGCAGUGAUAACACAGCAAAAAGAUAACUGAUACGCUCAAUCAUUAACUGUGUUUUCAUUGCGACUAUAUUGUCUACUUCAUGAGCUUGUAUACACAGCAAUCUUACCUUAUGUGCACUCUGCUAACACCAUGCUUAUUUCACAGGUAUACUUGCUCAGCAAAUAAACCAUUUCCUUACACUUUAGUGUUUUCCUCAUCAUUUGAAUGGGCAUUCUCAGAUUUUUUAAAUAUAUUUACUAACUUCAUGGAGCUUGUUUUAAUCUGCCCUAAUAUUUAAAGUGAACAUUUAAGAAAUUGAAUCAGAAUUUGAACCAGUGACUCUUGAUCCCAGACGCAUGCUUUUUCUGCUUCUUUUAGUGUACUAUAUUUUAUUAAAAACAUAAAUCGAACAUAAUUAAAGAAAUACAAAACUACAUUCCCAAUCAAAUCAAUUUUGUUUACCAUGGUAUCUUCAGAUCCUAUCCCUCAGCAUGGUUAAUAUUAUGAGCAAUUUUUAUUUUCUACAGUUAUAUUUUAUGUCAUAUUGCACAGAUUUAACCUGUAUUUUUUUCCUUCCUCAAAUUAUAUCAUCCCCAUCAAUUUUUACAACCAACAGAGAAAGUUAAAUAUCAAUAGCAUUCUUCAACAUCAUCCAUCUCAAAUGUACUUUAAAAAUAUCAGACAUCAAUUUCUCCACAACUUGCUUUUCUUACUUAAGACUGAAUCAUCAUCAUCAUCAUCAUCGUCAUCAUCCUCAUUUUUCUUGGUCAACAAAUAUUAAAUAUUUUUCAUUUUUAACACCAGCGUACAACUGUGGAGCAUAGCUCAAUCACUUUGUACUUAACCAGUUCUUGAUUUACGAAUGCUUGAUUGGUUGCAGCUUUUCUUCUCUUUUUUUUGCUACUAUAAAAAAUACAAAAAGUUAAAAAAAAAUGCUCUAAUAAUCAGUCAUGUGCUUAUAAUGUAGUACAUGAAUGCUUUUUAUUUCUAAAAUACAUGUGUAAGGACUCUUCCACAUUCUAAAGAUGUGUUAGUGGGUAAUUUUUUUCACUUAUAUACAUAAUAAUAUAAUUUUUUCAAAAAUCCCAGAAAAAAGUGCUACGAAUUUUGAUUUUAUCCAAGUACUAUUUUUUUUUUUACCCAUCUUCCACAAAGUAACACUAACAUUUACUGAUAAAUCUUCCUCUUUGUGUGAUGGAAAAAGUGUACAGUGAAAAUAAUAGUGCUUGACAUCAGCUACCUGAUAUCACAGAGUCAACCUAAUGGUUCUCAAAGAUCCACUUCUUUC